GCCGUAGAACCGCAGCAACGAUUCCCUCGUUGGCGCCGUUAUCGACUGCGCCAGGAGUGGAGCGGCCAAGCACGCCCUCUUGCAGGCACGAGCGUGCUGCUUCGGCCCGCUAGUGAACAGCCUGCUGUUGUGUCGGCGUGUUGUUCGGCCAGCCAGCCGAUGCGCGGGCGUUAGCGGCCCCCGAUGUGCGGACCACUGAUGGUAUUAUGCAGCAGCAUCGGCCGUCGUGCCGCCGGGACACCGCUUCUUGCCUCGUCGCGCUCUUGCUGCUCGUCGCAGUGGUGCAAGUGACAUCGGCAGCCUACAUUCACAAAGCGUGUGACAGUGAUGGCGACUGCGCGGACGUGCCUAACACCUUCUGCAAGGGAAACGAAUGCAUUUGCCUACCAAAGUUCAGCCGCAACUACCCGCCCUGCAACGAAGGUAUCGAGCUUGGGGAGAGCUGUUCUCGCCACGAGAACUGCGAGGCGAACGACAUCAAUUCUUACUGCAGCCACUCCAUCUGCCGCUGCAAACCACUUUUUCGUCGAGUCCUGGUGGCAGCCGAGAAUGUCACCCGCUGCCGAAGAGGCAUCGAACCCCGGGAGGCGUGCUACAACGUGGAAGACUGCAAUGGCCCCAACGCCACCUGCUACGAGGGCCUGUGCAGGUGCCGCGAGGGAUUUUACAAAGACGAGAACACCGACGACUGCAGGCCUAGGCGGUACCUGGAUGAGUCGUGCGCCCAGGACUCUGACUGCGAGAGCCUGGUCAACAACUCCUAUUGCAGCAGCGACCGAUGCGACUGCAAGAGCGGCUACAUCCGUGAGGGCACACUGCUCUAUGAGCAGCACUGCGAGAUAGAUAGGGGAGGACGUGGGGCCUUGAAGAUCCUCUUCGCCCUCAUGCUUCCGGUAGUCGUGUGCGCAUUUGUUUACCUGUACAGGAACCGCAAGGUUAACCAAGCCAACAAGAACCAGUCCGAAGAGGAAGACCAGCAGUCAGCAGCCUCGCCUGCUCCGCUGGGAACGUACUCCACAGAUACGGGAGUAAAGUCUCCCUCGGUCAACACCCCGCUGUCACCCAUGCCUCCCGAUAUAAUCACCGGCAGUCCCGUCCAAGUACGCACAACUCUGGCCUUGGACUCCAGGGGAAAGCCUCCGUGCACCUUCAGCAUCAUGGUCUGAUCAGCUGACUACGAGAUUGACCAGCCACCGCCAUCUCUGAGAAACCAGGAAUUCGUGACGUCACCAAAAAAUGCGUAGCAAGACUCCACGUAUAGCUGGGCGGUGCUCUCAUAUAUGGGAACUCCCGCGUAAAAAAAAUUUACAACGUGCACUGCUUCCUUAGAACUAAGGUGGAGAGCCUCUGUUUGGUGAUGUCGCUUUAUUACAUGCGAGAACGAAUGGUUCACGACUUGCGCGCUCGCUUACGUAGACGCCAGAAGAGAACAUCUCGCCGAGGCACGUCUUGGGCGCCGUGCCAAUUUUCUGGCUAAGAAACUUUACAAUGGACGAUACGCGCGGGACGAAUGUGAAUGAGCUGUUGAGUAAAGAGCUGGAUGAAGUGUCGAAACGAUCGUGAAAUAAAAACAGCGCCACAGGUUAGACACGGAGAAGAGGAACGCAACUGAACCUUUUUUUGAGAAGAAAUCAAUACCCUGAAAACCUGAUGCACCUUUGCACAUGCGGGACAAAUAUGGAAGACGAUUCGUUAUUAUGUUAUGGCGCACAGUUUAAAAGACGGACACUUAGGAUGAAGAACUAGACGGACACAAGCUCAAACUUUCAAGUGAAUUUAUUGGACGCACACAUAAUGCUUUUAUGAAAUUGCGUUUCAUGUUCUUUUUUUUUUUGUCUGUCCAGACGAGAUACAUGGCUGUAGCUGAGGGGGUGGUUGAGGGAGUUCACCACUCCAGGAAUUGUUCAAUUUUACGAACAUACAUAAUGAAUUUACCUAAAAGGGUUAAGCAGUUUCUCUUGUGUGCUCGUUCUCGUGUUGCUAAGGUAUCUGCCGUGUUGCUACCUUGGAAUAAGCCAGCUGCGCGCUCGUGUCAUUCUCCUCUCCGAGUAUUAAGCUAUCGCGCUGUUUUUAUUUCAAGGACAUCAACCUAACUCGCCAUUUUGCGUCUAAAAGAUGGGAACUGUACAUACGUCAUUAACAACCCUACGAGCACGACCACAUUAUGCCUGCCGUUUACUCCUCGUAUAUACCCCUGUUAGAUGAGACUAUAGGUCGAAGCAUGACUAACGCUUAUAAGGAAUGCCUAUUUUUUUAUCCUUGCGACAUACGAUGAUGCUUAGAAAAACGUGGCAGAUUGCACACAUUGCUUUUCGCUGUUAGAUGCUCGAUGUUCCUGUUUACGCGCGGUUUCAGGGCAGCACUUUGAGUGGGGAACCCUGCAUAUCUGAUAGAGUACAAAAAUGGCCGGGGAAAUUUCAGCGCUGGCUGUCACUAAUUAAAGAGGAAAAUUAGUCUCUCUCUGUCUUUACAGUGACGGAUAAAAGGAAACUUGCCGACUUAUUGAGCAGCCUAAUCGACCAAUAGUGCUGGCCUACAGUACCGACUGAACACUGGUAUAGCUUAAGGUUUUUGCUUCAUAUACCGUAGAGGCCCUUUCCUGACAUUGCACAUUGGGGCACAGUCAUUACGAACUGCUUUUGAAAGCACACAUUCCAGCGAACUUGCCCUAAACAAACGCAAGCGUUGCAGGUGGUAAAGAAAAAGGUUAGAACACAGUUACUGAUCCUUUUUAAGUGAACAGUACUUCUACAAACGUGUUAUGGUUUGUUGCAGGUGCGUCAUGCAAAGUGUGGCAGCUUGUCACAACUACGAGUGACAUUAUGAAGUGGCCAGAUAUCUGAAACGUGUGUGUAACAUGUAUUCGGAGCGGGUAAUCUAGCUGCAGGAGGAUGUAAUGGGCAAGGAUUGUAAUAAAUCUUAUGAACAGGAA